UCAUCUUGUCGCUUGAAUUGUCGUUGAACAGUUUGUCGGUUUCUGUUUUUUCUUAAAUCGCAAUAAAAUGAAGCUUUUGUACGGAUUGGCAUUGGCUUUAAUCUUCUUUGAAGGAUUUAUAAGCCAAUGUGAAGGUGCAAGUGGGUCAGAAGAGGCAUCGACCAGUAUAAAUCUAAAAAAUCUUCCAAACAAUGUAUAUGAAGAAAUCCUAUUCAGGACCGGUUUCAGUGCAACGGAACAAGCAGCAAAAGACAACCAAAGAUCGUUAACGGCUGUCAAGAAAAUAUUUGAAGAUCGUAUAAUUCAGAUCUGUCCAAUGAAUUGGGACGACGAAGAAGUUAGAGAGGAGACUCUAGAUGGUAACAUUUAUCUUAACAUCUACGGUGGUGAUCGAAUUCUAUCACUUUUUGAACAUUUUGGUGAGCUUGUAAAGAAGAUUAAAAUUGACUAUGAAUUCAUUGAUGAAGUAGACGAGGACAUACGCCAGCAGAUAAACGAAAAUAUUAUCAAAAAGUAUGCAAAACAAUUCACAGAGUUUCACAUAAUUGUUCGUGGUUCAUUUUUGGCAUUUUUGAAUGAAUUGUCGGAUGGAGGAGAAAGGAUUCAUUUUCCAAAUGUGAAAAAACUUGUUUAUCAAGGUCCAAAUUUCGGAAAUUCAUACGAUUUGAAUGCGAUAUUUCCAAAUCUUGAAUCUUUGAAUUUUUAUUACAAUCGAUUUUUUAUGUCUCACUCAGUUAUGCAAAUUAAUAUGACUUGUAUGGAAAAUGUUACGAAAUUGAAGGAAUUAAAACUGGAGAUUAAUCGUCAUUCAUACAUCCAACGUGAACUUCAACAUUUUUUGGCAAAAAAUAAACAAAUAUCUACGCUCAAAAUAGUAAUAGCCGAUAAAACAGACAUUCUUCGCUCGAUCGAAGCUCAUGCGACCAAUUUGCAAACACUUGAAAUUCAAAUGGAUAACACCGACUUCCUGACUCACGUAUCUGAAGAGCAUCCAUUUAAUAUGCCAAAAUUAAAAAGGCUCAACUUAAGAGGAAAUUGCGAUACCUCUCGCAUAAUUAAUUUCAUAAACAGUUUCAAGAAGCUGGAAACACUGGAUGUGUGGACCAAUAACGAUUUAAUUAUAUCAAACUUUGGAAAGUUGAUUGAAAUUCGGGAAUUCAUAACAUUUGACUUAGAAAUCAUCGAUUUUAAAGAAAUAUUAGAGAGUUUUGGUAGAAAGAAACAUUUGAAUAUAAUAAAGUGGGCGCCUGUUGAUCAAUUUAAAUGUGACAAUUAUAAAUCUGAAGUGGUUGAGAUUAAUAAAGAGUCAAAGCAAUCACAUAAACCAACAUGGAAAAUAAAUUAUAUCAAAGAAAAUGGAUACAGUUAUGGGUACAUGAUGUUGCUGCGUAGCAAAUAAAUGUAAAAGUCAUCCAUGAUAUUUGUUGAGGAAAUCAGGUUUUUAAUGAGGCAUCGGCACUCUUUUUCCCUGAAAAUAACUGAAUUUUCACUGAAUAUUGUCAAUUUAAAUAAAUUUCACUUUUGAAUUGAACAAAAA